AUGCCGACACUUAAACUUUUUAAAAGAACUUGGAAAUAUGCGGAAGACGAAUUUGUUACGUCCAGUCUUGUGUUUGCUUUGAUUCGAUUAAUAUUGUAAGUUCUCCGUAUGUGCUUAUAAAAACUAGGGUCUUGGUCGCAGGAAUAUUAUUGUUUGGACCACAAACACGGCCACUUAUUGACGUUCCAGGCGCGGAGGUUGGCUUUCGAUUUAAUUUAUAAAGCUGAAGGAAAUUUUCAUUACUACGACAGUAAUCUGCUCAGUACAAAUUUGCACGUAUGUUGCUAUGUUAAUCAUCAGUUCUCGGGGAGGAGUGAUGCAAACAGAGAGGAGAAAAGCUCUGCAGCCUGUCAUGGUGUUCCAUAUGUUUCUGUUACCAACAGAAUUUGUCUUUUACUGUUUAUCAAUAUGGAAAAGCAGUGAAACGGUAUCGCAGGAGUCUUCGGUAUGUAUCGAUAUACUAUUUAAAAGUAUUUAGUGACUGUGACGAAAGUUUCAUAUAGCUUCCAUCCAAGACCUAUAAGUCUCUUGAGGCGCAGCAGUCAUGUUUAACUUCAUUGGAGGUUUUAGCCUAAAGCUCCAGCUUAAUCGGAUGCUUUUUGCAUUUGAAUUUGCAGGGGUGCAAAUUUUAGACGGGUAUAGUCCACAGCAUUCAAAACAAGCACAGUGCUUUACAGUAGGCAUCCCAUCACCUAGAUUACAGCGGCUAUUACGGAUCAUGCAUUAUCGUUUUGUUGGAAAAAUGAAAUAUGCGACAAUAGUAAAUGACACCCACGAGUUAAACAUUCUUUCAUUGUUUAUGUCUUUUGUCCUAUAAACGAAUGCUGUGAGUAAAUUUAUGAACUUUUGUUGACUACCUGUACACUGUUACUGAAAGGCUUAAAAUAUAUUCUUAUCCACGUGCGUUGAUUUCGCCUGCCAACUCAAAACUGUCUUAGUACUUUUUGCGAACAAAUCCAAUAAGCAAUUACACAGGAAGAAUUUCAGCAAAAGAGCUAUUUUUAUUUGCAGAACUGCUGCGUAUUUUUGUAGCCAAACCCAUCCGAUAAUUCAAAGUUCUGCAAGUAAUAAAAUGCACACCUGUUAGUAGCCGACUGUGGAAAUUCUUAAAUUAUAUAUCUUAGAGGAGGCACUGUCAGCUAGUAAGAAACGGCAUUUUCAGUGUAACUUUACUUGAAAUGAAAUGGAAAUCGUCUCUAGUUACAGUACGUCCGUGAGGAGAGAAUUUAUGGAUUUGUAUUUCUAAGCUAACAGUCUUUGGUUCCAUUAGAAAUGUCAGCGUUUCUCGCGUAAAUUGUAUGCGCCAUUUAGGAUCAUGAAUUUUUUGUUCUUCACUUUCAACCAUUUGUUAUACUUAUGUCUAUGGGACAUAGUUGACAAGUCCAUUGAAUAAGAAAAUAUUUCAAACUGAUCUUUCAAAUCUUCGAAUGCCGUUCUAUGCCGAAGAAGGCAGGGAUUAAUUGCAGUUUAAGCAAGUACUAAUUGUAACCCAUCCAGCAUAUUAGGCAACCGAAACAUUUACAUAAUUAAUUCAGAAAUAUGUUCAUUGAUUCCAUUCAGCCACCGUUAACAGCAGUUAUUUGUUGGUGCGCGAUCGGCAUGGCCCUCGUCUUAUUUUCACUUCUUGGAUGGGUGCGACAUUAUGACAAAAACGGCGCAGAAAAGUACAAGUUCUUCAAAACUUUCUAUUAUGACAAAAAAACGAGUCAUGAAUUAACAGGCGACAUGGAAACACUUUUGAAGAAGAUGCACGAGAUAUCUCUUGAGAAAUGGACGAAUUUUGUUCGUCAAAAGGUGGCCGAAUUGACGGAACCUGAUGAGGAAAUGAGGCAGGAAGCUAUAGAAGAAGCCUCUUCAACUCUUGCUGAUUAUAUGUCGGUAAAUGCUAGUGACGUUUAGGUUUAUGUAAUGACCAUACAUUUUUUCUAAAAGGUUUCUUAUUUAUGACUGCAAAGUUCAAAAAAUAUUUAAUUCAGUCGCCUCCUGCCUAUUAAAACUGGUGAAACGUCUCUACCUCUAUGCAUGUGGUUCGGUAAAUUAAAUUUCUGACAUGAUUAUCAUUUUGAUUUUGGUCAAAAUAUGAUUAUUACUUUAUGCAGCUCAAAAUGCAGUGAAGACUUACGCAUAUUUUGAUGACAAAUCAUAAUCUUAUUUGCCUCUCUGUAAUUUAAUAGCAUGUAUAAGAGCAAUGAAUAAAAAUCAACGAUUUCAAUUUGGUUGCAAAUAAAAACGUUCAUAAAGAAAUAAGUUUUGAACACUUCAAAACUACUGCCUGUACAAAAUCAGAUCUGUAAUCGUCUAAUCUUUGUGAUUUUUACUAUUAUUACAUUUGAAAACAAGGAACACCUGCUCACACCUUAAAAUGUGAAUUAUACUAGACACUAAAGCCACUUAGUUUAAAUAUAUCAGAAUAUGACAGUCUAUGAAACAAAGUACCUAAAUGCGGUAGCUGGCGGCUUACUUUUAAGAAGGUUGCUUUUAUUAUUCGGCCUUACAGGAUCUGGAUCUGACGAGAUCUGAUGUUUUUAUGGGUCUUCUGCUUCUGAGGUGGCAAUCAGCGCAGUGGAUUGGAAACAAGUCGGCCCUAGAUGCUCAAUACGUUCUAGAUAAUACUGAUCCAAUAACCACCGACGUGGCUGCUGAGGUAAUUCAUAAACAAAAGACGAACAGUGAUUCAACCGAAACUAUGGUUGGUUCGCCAUUUAUCUAGAACUUGCGUCAAAUUAAUGCAGCAGAAUGUCUGUCGGCAUAAAUUUUAUAUUUCCACUGAUGUUCAUGAGAACACCCUGCGUUAGUGAGAUUGAAGUCAUUUAAAUUGAGAAAACAGGAUACCAAUGUCUUUGAGGUAGAGUCAUACCUGCUCCCAUUCCCCAUUUUAAAGUUCAAGAUGUGGCAGAUAUCGAAAAUGGGCGGGCGAGCAGUUGCGCGAGUUUAUGGCUAAAAUAUUCGAGCACUAUUCCCUGUGACCUUUCUAAAAUAAUGUCAACUUACACUCCUGUAUAUAUUUUAAAAGUUAUUGGUUUUCAGCUUUUUGUUAGAGAUUUCGCCACUGAUCUUUUUGUGUUUAUAUAUUCUUGCUAUGGUUGUGUUAAAGUUAAUGAAUAGGGAAAGAAAAGUACAGUCUCCGAAACCGAUCAUGAUUAUAUAUUAUAUCGGUAGCGGAUAAAAUGUUGUCAGUGUGUGCUAGUUUCAUUAAAUAACAAAGGUUGCGUGCUUAGCGUUCAUGCAGUAUCCUCUGUUCCCAUCAAAAUGUUUGACACUUUACAAGGCAACUAACCGCUCCGACUUCAAAACCUCAUCUAAGUCACUUUUGCGGCUUAGUACGAUUUAUGUUUAACAGAAACCAAAGUGAGGACUGUUGGAUCAUGAUUAAUAUAUAUUGGGGCUAUGUGCAUUUCAAUGACUGGCCAUUCUAAUUGUUGUACUCAAAAUAACGUCCUCCCCCAUAAGUGUACCUUUUGUUUGGAUUUUUAUCCUCAUACGUUUUUGAUCACUUAUAUAUAGCACAAAUUGAAUAUUUCAUUUAUAAGUUUGUCUCGUUUUGACGAUGAAAGUCACCUUUCUGGCGCCAUCUUGACAAAUAUCUUAUAUAAUAAUGCCCACUAAGUCCAUAGUUUGCUAUUUAUAAUAAGCAAUUCAUUUCAAGGGUUUUGAGCUGCGAGCUAUUUGUAACAUUGUGCACCGGCGUAGCCACUCGUCAUUUAAUGUUUGCCAAGGUGUUAAAUGAUAUACUUUAUUUUAAUUGAGUCAAUUGACCCAAACACAACAACUCCACGUGAACGUCUUAUUCGCGACUGGCUUCAUAUUUCUCGAAUUCGUCGUUACAUUCACUUGGCGCUGGCAUCGUAUGGCUGGAAACACUACGUUGGAUGGAACACGUGCAAUUUAAGGGCUAGAAGGACAAUGCGCCGCUAUCUGACCUCCGGGUGAGUAGAUUAUGCGGUUAUUCCGAUAAAAUGUCUUCAAUUUUUCUUAGAGGUUUUGCAUUUUAUCUUGCUUAACCUGCCUACAUAUAGACAUGGAGUUAGGUUCAAGAAGAGGCUCUUUACUCUAGAAAAUAUGUGCCCUAAAAGAAUGCAGACGCAAACAGAAAGAGGAUGUGAUUUAAAGUAGUCCAGGCAGCCGACAUCGGAACUGAAAGAUAAAUAUACUACAGGAUGUAAAUUAUUCAUUUCUUUGUAAAAUGGCCGUUAUGCCUGUCAGAAGAGUGGCUUUUGGCCUUUCAGUCCACCACUUUCAGCAGUAAUUAACAAAUUUCGAUGUGAAUUAGAGUAUGAUUUAAAGGUUGGCAAUCGAGUUACUGAUCAGUAUUUGUGUAUAAAACUAAACCCCAUCUUAGUAUGACGUAAGUCAGAAGAGGAGCAUACUAGGUGGAAUUCUCCGAAUAAGAAGCUUAACGGCGUUUAGUUUUUUCAUUACUACGUCAUAGUUGGGCUUGAUUUGUAAAAUUUAAAAUAAAUGUACCACAUGAGGUUUAAAGUCCUCUGAGGGGGACAUAAAAUCUUAUAUAUUCAGACAGCGUGCACUACCAGAAUGGAUCGUUUUGAAUGUUGUUCCUCCUCGCUAUAGCGGCUAGGCCUAUCGACUGUCAGAGCAUUCGACAUCUGUUCAAUAACCCAAUGAGCUGAAACGAUAUCUGAAACAUAAAUAAAAAAACCGGAGGACGACUCGGCUGCAGACCUCCUUCUCUUCUGAUUUUGUUCCAUGAUUAGUCAUUCAGCAGACUACACUAGGUUCCAAGGCAGUAAGGAAAAGGAAUGCCUUCUAGAGUGGAUGCAGUUUUCCUUGAACAUGUCUUCGAACGGACUACUGUCUUGCCUGUUAACUCUAUUCAAAAUGAUUAUUGUAAAAAGUGACGAAGCACAACAAGAGCGAUGUAUAUUUGUAAUAAUCUGGUUGUUUUGACAGAGUAAAAUCAAAAAUUAAAAACAAUAAAAUCCUACAUUGUGUACUUGCGACUACUCAGUUUUGAAAAAGAGGACAUUGAAUAAACCACGUAGCAACUGCCGUUAGGCAGAAAAAUGUCGUUCGUGGACGAAAUUCAGUAUAUUUAGCGAGGAGAAGGUAGAUCAAACCUCAGUCAUUCCUGCCCGUUGUGACGCGAUCGUCUGCAUGCAUGAAUCAAAGAACUAAAAGAUCAACGGUAUUUUUUUCAAUCGUGGAGACAUUGCCGUAAUUUGUCACAACAGAAAUGGUCCUGCUGUUGCAACACCCAGAAGAAGGUCAAGAUGGUAAUGCGACACUCUGCCCACCGGAUCGGUUGGUCAAAGACAUUCUUUUAAAAUAUAUCUCAUCUUCUCACAGACCGCUUUGCUCGUUGCCAGUGUGCCACUGAACACUCGAUCUUUUUCCAGCGCUCUGAACCAUGUCAUUUGCACACAUUUUUCCAUAAGAGAUGCUGCUCAAUUCAGGUUAUUUAUGUCGGAUGGUUGUAAGAGUCUUGACCUCAGGAGUCAUCAGCUAAUCACAUUCGGCACACGAAACCUCUAACUCAUAAUGACCUUGCUGGUAAACGUGGCGGGUCACUGUAUUUAAUUGUUUGCUAAAAGACAAUAGGUAACUCGCGACUGCAAAACUUUGUGCUACUUUAUUACGUAGGCAAAAUUAUACUUAAACUAUUUUGUGGCCAUCUGUGAUUGGUUACAAGGACGUAAGUUAGAUAUCUAUUAAUGUAAGCUACUACGUGUUAUGUAAUUCAUUUAGGGUUUUUAAAUCGAUUCUCACGUCUAAACGCAGAAGGCAACGUCGUGGGCUUAAUGAAGUACAUUUACAGCAGCCGGGAACGCAAAAGCGCAGCUGCAAGUCAAGUUCUUCGCAGAGCCAAGCUGAGCGGAACAGUUGGAUAAAAGAUUUGUUUGGACGCAGACAUGUUUAAAAAGCCCAAAAAAUUGGUUCUGAGUAGUUACUUUCAGUAAACAUGACAUUGAAUACUCACCAUAAUACGACCAGUGUGUUCUGGAAGCAUUAUUUAAGAUACCUUCAAAAAACAUGCAAUAAUUAUCCCUAGAAGGAUGAAACGACUUGAGACUUUGGCUUUGUCAUAUUCCUUAUUAACGCUGUUUCGCUCUGACUUCUACCUCUCUUCUCAUACGCACGAGUACAUUAACAGAUUAAGUCAACCAGGAAAAGGCAAAAAUCGAUCCAUUGGCUCGUCGAAGCAAACAGGCUUCGUAAAGGUGACAAAGAUCACGAACAGGCUACCUACUACCAGGCAGUAGUCGGUCCAGUUAUAGUAGCAGACGGUGGAGACGAUGGACAAUGCGGAUAAAUGGAUGCAGAACUAUUAUCCUCUUCCCAAAAUCCAAUCAUUACGGGAAAUAUUCUAGCGUAAUUCAAUACCAUAAUCUCGAGGUUCCUGAACUCCAUUGUGCAAUGCGUUGACCAGUGUUCCUCGAUGCUAUCUUACUUUACACGUCGUGAUCUACUUCGCCCUUUCGAUUUACGCCCAUCAUAGAAAAGGCCAUGCAGGAAAACGGAGACUUUGAAAUAGGCAGACCUAGGUGCCAAUCGGAAGCCAUACGAAUUCGAAACAGUUGAUAUGCAGAUUCAGGAGCAAGCCGUUGAUUUACUAACACAACGUCGACGACUUUGUGGGUUCUGGCGCAGAAAAUAGGGUUUCGGUGCGAUAUACUGCAACUCUGUUCUAACGUUCCGAGUCUAAAAAACUACAGGGGGAGUCAGACCGCCGACUGGAGACCCGAUCAAAAAUGAAACUUAUGGGGCAUUGCUUUAAGUAGGUGCUUAGGAAUGCCUCUUAGGCAUCCUGAUGACUAAACAACCUCGGACGCUUUUGCUAUUUGCGUCUUGGCUAGAUUCUUUCGAUGCGACUUUUUCCAACCGCAAGUAAACUUGUAAAACUUCAGAAAAUAUGAUGAUUGUAUUUACGACCAAAUAGAACUGUCCUCAUAAAAUCUGCAAAGACUUCAAAUCGACAAGUAUCCAGGAAAAUCUCAACGGGUUCAGGCUAAUGUAGUUACUGUUCACCAGUGUGUGUUUAGCAUUGUUCCAUUGAAAGUGAUUUGAAUGGAUGGGAGAGUUUCCCGAAGGGCGAAGGCUUCCCAUCGCCGGGCCGCUCGGAACGCAUCGUAGCCAGAUACAUGGCCAAUAGAAGCGAAGAGACGAGUCCCAGGAAGUAAUCUUGAAUAAGGAGACACAAUCGCUGAGACAAGAACUUUAUUAGCCUGACGUUUCGGAUUCCUGCUCGAACCCAUCAUCAGAGACAACAGCAGAUACGGGUGAUUAAUUCGUGGAGACCUCCCUAAGGGCGAAUGUUUCACUUUUGUAGUUAUAUCUGAUGAUGGGUUCGAGCAGGAAUCCGAAGCGUAAGGCUAAUAAAGUUCUUGUCCCAGCGAUCGUGUCUCCUUCUUAAAGACUACUUCCUGGGACUCGUCUCUUCGCUUCUAUUGGCAGUGUAUUUGAUUACGAUGCGCUUCGAGCUGCCCGGCGAUGGGAAACCUUCGCCCUUCGGGAGACUCCCCCAUCCAUUCAUAUUACUUUCAGUAGAACAAUGCAAAAUACACAUCGGUGAACAAUAACUACAUUAGCCUGAACCCGUUGAGAUUUUCCUGGAUACUUGUCGAUUUGAAUGACAACUGUUUGACAACUGUUAACACAAUCCCGUCCGCUGAGUUCAAAUUUUUACGGAAAUUAUGUUUCAUUUUCUCAAGUAAACCAAAGUAGCAGUUUCAAGUUCUUUCGAAGGCUCGCUGCUAGCUUCUUCAUCAAAAAUAAACUCAAAAAUGAAGACUAUUACAUCCAAAAGACAGUUUGGCGCGCAUACGUAAGCGUUCGAUAAAUCCUCCUCCGGCCUAUGCAUUUUAAUUGCUAUCGAAGUGAUUAAAAAAAUGCGGGCGAGCAGAUGAUUUUCUGUAACUGAGGUUUGGAGGGGGGAGAGUCUGGGUGGGUGAGGUGAAAAACAAAAUUACUGUGUAUUUCGGGGGGGGGGGAGAAGGGGAUGGCGGACACUGGGACGGGUAAUUAUACGCAGGUGGCUGGCAUGGUGGCUUUGAACCAUGGUAACUGUGGGGCCUGUACGAAAUUCUUUUUGAGCGCAUAGAACUGGUUUGUGUAGCCUGAUUGCAGCCGCCUCUGCUGUUGCCAAAAUACGCAGUCCAAGUGAUUUUGGAUAUCUUGAUGAGACCUCGUAAAUCACUCGGAAUGCCUGUCCGACAUCUACACAGUGAUCUGCGUCUAUCAUGUGAACGACGAUGGAGCUGUUGACGUUCUUUAUAUGGCCCUUUCCUAACCAUGCCGUAAGGUGUUCUCUUAUUCUGUUGGACAGUCGCCGGCUCGUGCGACCAAUAUAUUUUGUCCCACAGGAGCAAGUGAAGGAGUAAAUACGCAUAGAAGUGGUCUGGGCCGGCAAUUUGUCCUUGCCCUCUCCGUGUUGGAUGGGGCUAGUGGAGAAGAGUAUAUGGGCGUCAGCUGCUGGGAAGGUACGUGGUGCAGCCUGAAUUAUGCGCCUCUUGGAAGUUCACUUGGCGCAUCACCUUGGAACUGGACUCUGAUGAAAAGCUUCUUUUUUCUGCUGUCAGCAUUGGGACUUUUAGUGGUCUCUCGGUCAUGUACUUGACAAUGAAUUGAUCGGGGUACCCGUUCUGGCGAAGGAGAUUUUCGACAAUCUUAGGUUCUUCCCCUAUCCUAUCAGCCGCGCAGAUUCGCCUUACUAUUGGUGUUAGGCAACGGACAAUAUUGUGCUUCAUGUUUAACGGUACGAAACUCCCGAAAUUGGUGUAUUGCCCGGACCACGUCUUCUUACGAUAGACGCUACAUCGAAUACUACCUUCAGGCCUUCUACUCAAAAAUACAUCCAGAAAGGGGAGCAAUCCGGAUUUCUCUUCUUACAGAGUAAAUUUAAUUGAUGGUUGAAUCGAUUAUUGCAUCUUUUUGAAGACAGGAGAAGGAAGAACCCUUCACUUUCACGCACUGAAAAUGUAUUCCACAGCCCAUAAAGCCCAUUUGAUUUUACCCUCACCAAAUGAAACUUGAUCACCUAUUUUGCUCAGUGGCAAGAUAAAGUUAUUCAUUUUCUUGUGAAAGAUGAAAAAUUAGUAUCACACAAAAUAAACUGCCGAGUUAGUCAUAUAUAACCGAGCUUGGCUAUCUAGUCUUGGUAACGGUUUUCUUCCUUUAUCCACAGACCAGUUAACGACCUUAAAUUUUUAAACCGAGUUUUCCCAUAAUGAAGUUAAGGGUUGAAAAUGAGGACUCUGAGGGGCUAGUAAGUUAAGCCCUAUUGUUUUCAUUACAUGCUCAUCUUUCAUGGAUGGGAGGAAUUAUCUUAGAAAGGUCUAGAGGCGUGCGCUACGGCAGACAAGUUAUUGAUACUUUUGGAUAUCCACUUUAGCUGAUCAAGUUUUUUCCGGCAUUAUGAGCACGGACUUCGGGUGUAUCCGACCUUUUCCAUCGACCUGCUUGUGACACCUUAUAAACUGCAUAUUCAUACCCUUCCCACGUAUCCUAUCCGUAAAAUUGAAAACAAUAAACAACGAUAUCAUGAAAAUCAGGGUUAACGUGUGUUUUAUUCAUUUUGUGCUAUUACACGCUGUUAUGUCCAUGUUAGUCGUUCUUGCGAUAUAGACGCUGAUGACGGCCGAGAAGAAGCGUAUUAGACGCCCACGAAACAUAGGUUCUAUUCCAAAUACCAGAAAGGGACUGCCCACUCGAAUUGUCUAAAUGUAAUGACUUUUUUAUGCUAAAACGCGUACGAUGUCGAUUAGGGGAAUGCGGAUGGCCAAACCAAGAGGAUCGACAUGGGCCCUAUCGAAAGACUAGUCAAGGAAAUGCAGUCCGAAAAUUAUGACCAAAGAAGUCUAGGAUGCUGAUUCAUCCUCUAUCAACGUAACCCCCGUGUCGAUCUCGUGCAUAACAACAGAGUUUGAUAUGAGAAAUCACACAUUGGCCAGAAGGAUAUAUAAAGUCGAGAUAUUCCAAAAGAGAACUGAUGAUAGUACACACUUGUCCUUUAUCCGCGUUUUUUCAGCCCUACCCCAGUUCCCAUUUUGUUCAGCAUGACAGUUCGACCGUCACAUCCGAUGUCAACCGCGUGCUCCACAGGAAGGUGAAGUAGGCACGGUGACUUGCGUGAGUGUAGACUUGCGCAGCAUCUACCGUCCUCUCUCCUCCCUCCAUGUUACCGGGAUCUAGGCAGUCGGAAAAGACCGGAGGUGAGGGAGGGUGCAAGUAGCUGGCACGGCGGCACUCGUACCUAAGCUCCUUGGUACACAACGAGCGCGCCUACCCAGGAUAUUAACCAACAACAGCACCAAAACGGCUCAGAAAGGAAACGAGAAUGACUGGGCAGCCAUGCCCAAGACCUGUAUACCCAGGCGGGAGCGCAAGCGCAUUUACCGACAGGAAACCUGGUGCCAUAAAAUGUUAGCGCAUACCAGACUGCGAAGACCCUGAUUUGCUGAUCCUGAGAUGGCAGAAUUGUUUAAUACAAUCCCUUCAAAUAACUUAUAUUACUGUAUGCAAUUCUCAUUCAAACAUAGACGAAGGCGAGUCUUGACAGAGUUUAUAUGUGACUCUUCUUAUGUUUUUUUGCAGUAACGAGCCAACGCAAAACAAACAACGCAACAUGGAAGAGGGUAUUUCGAAUCCUGGGGGUUCACUCUGGGCUGGACAGAAUGCCUAUCUUGCAGCCUUUCUGGAGAUGUCAAGCCUAAGCGCGGAGGACGUUCUCAUUUUCGAGAUUGCCGACACUGUGAGUCAAACCCCUUACCAAGAAACAACUUCACAAUAGUUAAAUUAUGCGAGAAUUACGUUGUUAGCUAUGAUGAACCUUGAUCAGUUUUCCCUCAGCCUUCAGACUAGAGUGCGAUAAUCUUAGGCUUUCAUUAAAAUGAGUAGUAUAAGUGGACUGGGAAAUGUCAACAACUAAUGUCACCCGGGUUUCCUGAUCUGGGACCAGAUAAAAUCUCCGCAACUUCUAUUUGCACAAUUAUUUUUAAAAUGCGAUGUCUUACAUAGAGCGAACAAGACGCAAACAAAGCAAAUAAAAUUGUGCUCAAGAAGUUCGAGCUCACCACCCUGGAGACUUCCGAGGUCUUUUGUUGAGCGUAGUAGCUCCAGGUCACCUAGGCCUUUGAUGGUAACACCUCUUUUCGGAUGCGAUUUGCACAAAUCUUUUUGAAGGCACAACUUGUGCUGGACAGUAAAAUCCUCAGUGAGAACUUGGAAAUGUCUUUGGUUUGGCGUACCACGAAGACCAUACUGUGCGUAAGAGCACAGUUUUUACGCGAUAAUGGCAGGCUACCCCCCUUCUAUCUACGCGGAUAAAUCAAUGACGCGUUUGUUUGGUACGUUACCGGGUCUUAUUUGCCGACGUGGGAUACUAUUUGCUAUGAAGUUUCCAGCUUAAGAUUGAGACUGUAGUUCAUUACCGUUUGCGAAAUUUGCAAAAUUUUGCCUUUACUGAGUCCCCAACCGCAUCUCUGGUCCUUCGAGUGGUUUCACUCCGUCCUUCUUAACACAAUGCCAGAGUGGUUAAAUUAUGCCUCACCAACGUGAGCUUCAUCUGUGUCUGCAGCUUUGAAUAAAGCCAUGUCUGUGCAUACCGCUGUGUCUGAAUAAUAUUUUUAAAGAGAGCAGGUCCAGGUGAGUCGGGUUUGACUGUAGCACAGAGUUAAAACGUAGGAAAAUGUGCUAAUGUUUCCCCAACUUCAUGUGGCGCUUGGCUGCAUGCAAUCGUUGCAUAAUGCCUAGACUCAAUUUGCCGCAGUUUCAUCAAGUUCUGCCAUGUAUUUGACUUUUUCAUAUUAAACUAAAUAUCCAGAUUUUUCGAUCUCAUCUUGUUGUAAAAAAUGGGGCUUAGCCCCUUCCAUGUGGGUAUUACGUGCAAAUAAUCUGUUACCAGAGAAACCUUCGUCCAAGGAAGCGUAACAUAAAUUCUUUAGGACAUAAUCAAACCGUGCCUUGCAAAACAAGGAUAUAAAAUUAUUGAAUAUUUCAUGGCGUACCACUUUACGCCUACCAGUUUUUUUGUCCGAGAUCUUACAAGCAAAAUACAACGUUAUAUGUCACUUGCUCCAUAGUAAGGAUGUCAAAUACAACAAAGUGAACCUGUGUUAAAUCUUUCAAAAGUAUUCGAAAUAUCUUUUAUAAAAGCCAGCUCUUUUCUUAAUCAGAAUGCUUUCGGUCGGUUGAAGAGGGGAAUAAAAUCGACGGGGCUAUAACAUCUCUGAACGCUAAGUAAAAAAAACAGGAAGGAACUCCAAGAUCAGCAUAAAACGAUUUUGUUAAGGCAUUUAGAGCACUGGGACAAUAUAAAGGGCAAAAUCGGAUUGCUAAAAAACCCCAAAGAAUUUCAUAAGAUUCGCCUCGAGAAAUUUCAAAAGUUCAUGCAACCGUUAUAAGUAGGCAAAUCAUGAACUUUUUGACAAAAUAUUCCGCUGCUUUUUCAUCGCCUGAUAAUUAAAGGAGGAUUAUCAACUAUUUCACAGGAUUCUACCUGCCGGUCCGUAGUAAACACUCCAGAGAGAUCAGUGUAAAGUUAGGGUUAGGGUUAAGUUUAGUGUUGGAAUUAAGAUAUGGGUUAGAGUCAGUCUUAGGGGCGGAUCAGUAACUUUCUUAGAAUUUACGGUAAGGCCCCCUGUAGUCGGCUUACUUGGAUGCUGACUUAUUACUUUUCACACUAUUCAGGUGGAUUUUCCACUCAACAUUGACUUCAUUUAUUGAUUUAGAGAGAUUGCGUAUAGCAAGGUGAAACAGUUUGACAAAGGCGACUUUGGGGUCAGCGGCGGUAUCUCUGAGACCUUAUUUUGAACUUGUAUCCUGACACAGUGUCGUAACUCAGGCAGGAAUAGAGUGAGAUUGAGUUCUAUCGGAUGCCGCCUCCACGUAUGCAUCGAUGACGUGUGCACGGAGCGUUCUGUGUCAGCGAGGUCUGCAUACACUUUUGCCGCUUGCGAAGCGGCCUAGGCUAUUUAGGUGCUGUAAGUAGAGGUACUUGCAUGAUCGGCUCUGGUGUACUAAAAUAGUGGUUGCAAGCAUUAUACACGAUCCAAAAGGUAAACUUUUUCGGUCACUUUCCUCGAAGUGAUAAACGGACUACAGAACACGGCCAAUACCUAUGGCAAAGGAGCGAUUAAUAUUUUAUUUUUACCACUAGACUUGUAAGCACUUUGCGCAACUAUCAGUUAAACUUUCCCAAUAUCAAGCUGAUUGUCACGAUACUAAAUUUUGUGGUGGAAGAGGAGCGCCUAUGUGUCGAGGGCAACUGCCGAAAUAGAAGUGGUCGACAAAUAUACCGCCAGGCUUCAAUCAAAAAUACCGGCCAACAGUGAGAAAGCUCGCCGCAUUUAAAAACGAUUUUCUCCCUUUUGGAAUAUCAGUAGCUUCCGCUCAAACUAACGGUUCUGUCAAAAUAGCUUUUUCUUCAAAUUUUCCACGCUGGAGGUAUAAAGUUGGACUGAAUGUUAUGUGAUUUACAAGAAAUGUUUGAGGUUACUGACAGGCAGGUAAUUCACGGCGUAGUUCGCUGGUGUGGGUAUUUUCCAACACUUUCGUGUGUAAACGCCUGCAAAAAAACUCGGAUUAGAACACCAUGGCGAAGUGGAACUGAAAGGCUUUAUCCAGCAAUGCUGUCCGCAGAUCUAUUUUUCAUUUAAUUCUACCUAUGUCCCUAUGAAGACCAGCGUAAAAUUAAUCCCAUACUCAAGAGACAGAGCUCUCAAAUUACUCUGACCCCAGUUUGUGGCAGACUUGGCAGACAAUGACAAAUAGGCCAAUAAUGACCGGUCCUGUCCCUUUUGCCUCCGUCGGUAACGUUUCCUGAUCGUGCGCGACAACAAACCCAACUGCUGCCUCCACGACCGCUCCCGUCGUCACCCCUGCACCAGCCUACGCGACGUUCACAACAGCGAGUACCCUAACUAUAGGUGAUCACACUUCUGAUGACCUGUCGUCCCCGAUCACUGCCACCCCCAUCACGGCUGUCAUAACCCCCACGACGAUGGCCACCACCUCUCCCACUUUCGUCAUCGGAGGGUACACUAUCCACACCCUGUCAACCAUUAUCAUAAAAACCACCGUCUCCACCGCUAGCAACGUGGGCUCGAUCUCAGCCUGUGCUCAUUGUAAUCGCGCACCCACUUCACGCAUCGGCCAGGCCGGUUACGUACGAAUUCGCCGCAACGUGGCCGGUCCACCAAUGCCAGGAGUUCUAACAUAUACUUGUCUGCACUAUUCACACUGCCGCAUGAACCUAUUCGACCACAUGGGUAUUCACGACAACGGAAUUCAUGACAAUGUUGACAAGUCGAGCAUACCUCGUAUAACCAAAAACUCUUCUAUCUCUAUCACUACCGUUUCUCCAGCGCGGCCAUUACUAGCGGAAUCACCACUGCAACUGACUCUGCAGCUCCCAACUUAAUCUGCACACAUUGCAACAACAUAUUCAUAUUACGCGUCGGCCUGGUCAGGUACCUACAGAUCCAUGACACAGUUACUGGUGAUAUAGUGCUUGAAGUAUCAGCAUACACCUGUCGCAACCACCUAAAGUUCCUGCUCUUCCCACGGACAUCGCACGAACCUACUUGAUCACAUGCGCCCCCACGAAAUUCUGGGGGUAGAUCACCACAGACUAGACCCCACUCCCGCACAUUUCAGACAUGCACCGUACAUGAACACACCCAACAUCGGACAUAGCAGGUGUCUGACCAAGGCACUUCUCACGUGAAUGAGAAAUGUGUUCCUCAGCUCUCUCUCUCUCAAUGUGGCCUCUCCGAGAAUUUAAGACAUGCAAGCAGUCUACUACCUCGUGUGGAAUCCUGGUGUGUGGUAAGGGGGAACCAGGUUGUGUGUGUGGCAAGCGUAGAAAAAAAUAUGCUACAUAGCUCUGUCAACCAACUUUCCCAGUCUCAACAUCAGUUGGUUGACCGGCCCGGAGAGUUGACUGGUUGCGCGAAAUAGUAGAGCGAGCGUGGCCAACUCUCAGUGCAUAAUUCCCCACUACAAACUAUCUGACGCCCAAGAAUCUAUCACGGAACGCUAAAUGCCGUGACGACUCGCAAUCCCACUCAAACCACGCAGUGAACCCAGUGUGUGCUUGUGCUUUGGAUGGCCGAUUGGUGGACAGAGAGUCGCAAUUCGAUGGUUCAUUCCUAAUGCUACAGUCAUACAUGUGAGAUUCAAUCCGCUCACCUCAUCUUGUGUGGUCCAGAAGUGUGCGUUUAGGGAGCCAGAUCGUGCGUAUGGCGCGCGCAGACAGGCUCUCGAGCACUGCCAUUCCCUCGCUCACUCCCCGCAUCAAACGACUAACCUGUUCGGACAACUGACUGGUGCCUGUGAGGGGAAGGAAAAAUUGAGGUCGAAAGCUUAGCGCACUUUCCUCACAGUAAGCAGUCUGACAUGCUUUAAUCCAUCACGGUGAGCUAAAACCCGUGGUAUCGGAGAUCACUGACUGACGGUAUAAUUCAGACCUCGCAGUCAGCCCAACCAGAGGGACCGACUCCUUGACUGUAAGUCCGGCUGCCAUGGUACUUCUGCAAUUAGAAAAGAUUGGUGCGGCCUAGUACUAAGAGCGAUUAUCUUACAGCUGUUUACAACAAAGUCUGUGCGGUGUUACAUUUUAGUCCGUAGUGAACACUCUGGUAGAGCGUAAGUAGGUCGAAUCUCUAGCAGAUGUGAUUUUCUUCAUCGGUGAUCUGUUUUUGUUGUGUCAUUAAAUCAUUUUGCCCAUAUACCUUUGUAUGUGUUAUAAUUUUGUAUGUAUAUAUAUAUAUAUAAGAAGAAAAGGCGAUCUCGGGAACCAUAGCUGUACUGCUCUGACGUUUCAAAAGCAAACAAGUUUUCAUCAUCAAUUCAUAUAUCCAUUAAGUGCCGUGAGGGACUUUUCAGAGAUCGCAAUAUAAUAGUUCAGCAUUUACGUUAGACUAUUAAAGUUGUGUCCCGCCAACAAAAAUUGCGCACAAAAUGCCUGGUAACUAAGUAAAUUUGGGUGUUAAAAUCAAACUCCUUGGCCCUUUCAAUCUAUGGCAGAACUCAUUUUGGUAAUGUGGAAAUUGCCCAGUGAGCUGACAGUGUCAGGAAGAUAAAAAAUUGAAAAUUUUACAGUCCAAAGUAUGCAAACUGCGUCUUAUGCAACUACGUUUUAAGCAUAGAUAAUUUCAAAAUCAACUAAGAACCUUCAACUGCGGAGCAGAUUGUGUCCUUGCCAACACGCCAAAUAACUAUUUAGAACAGUUAAAGUUCGUUAAUAACAUGCAGGUAUCCCCGUAGCACUCAUAACUCAAUAAAAUAUAAGUAGGGUUGCGAAAAUUCUCAUAAAAUAAUUUAGAAAACCAGUUACGAAGCAUACGUAUGUUUUCGACAGAUUAUUGUCGGGUCAGUAAAUUUUUGGGAACGGAUACAAGUAAAACCGGGGUGGUAAGAGAAAUUAGUCAUAGCUUGUCUUUUCAGGGUUUACUACACAAGAAGGGGUUUCAUGACAGACCUAUUACAAAGAAUAUUAUCCAGAAAUCAACAUAAUUCAUUCCCUUGACGGCGGCAAAGAAAAAUAUCUUUCUCACAGACCAAUUUCAGAGAGACGCAGCGAGGGAAUUCCUGUGAAGAUACCUCGACCAAGUUAUUUCACGAGCCUUCCCGAUAGCAAAAGUUCGGGUAUUAUUCUCGACGGAAUCUGUUUGACACGGAGAUGUUAAUGAUAGGUUGCCAGCUUGGAUCACUUCCAUGUGCAUUUACUUCUUGCUCCGAUGAAGCAAGUUAUACUGAGAAGCGCCUAGUCAAAAAAAAUAUGAGAAACCUUUCCACAUGGCGGAGAAAAGGCGGAAUUAUGAGCAGAUUCUAGGCAUCGAGACCUCCUGCGGGGUUUAUAAGAUCCCACCAAACUACCUUAAGCCCCUGGAUCACGGUCUGCUAGUAACAACAGCCGCGACUGCCACCAGGUUACGGAAGCCCGACAUAAGCUCGCAGAAUAACCUGGUGCCCUCUUCGCGUCUGCCAUGUCCAUAGGUCGACUGACUGUGUACGCAUCUUCGUGUCUCCCCUCCUUCCCCUUUGGAACUGUUUUAACUAAUCCACACCGACUCCUAACUUAUUUUCUCCUAUUGACUUCCCUUUUAUUUCCACACCCUGCUUGCAUUGAAAGACGAAAGAUACAAGCGAAGAUGCGAGUUCCAGGAACUAGUUGAUCAGAAGAAGAAGAAGAAGCGAUCGCUGGAACAAUGGCUUUAUUCGCCCGACGUUUCGGAUUCUCUCUUGAAUCCAUCGUCAGAGACAGUUGCAGAAAAGGGUGGCUAGUGUACAGGAAGUCGCAGUAUUUAUAGGAUGCGGUCGCCAUGCUACCGCAUACCUACAGCAAUUAACCGUGCUCCCUUCAUCAAGGAUUGUUGCCCGCUGGUGCACUAAUUCCUUGAUGGCCGGCAUGCAAGUUGUUGAUUGCUGACCUCUCAUCACCCGUGUUGGAUGCUGGCGUGAUGAUUGCUCGGCCAUCUGGCUCACGUGUUUGCGCGCUCCUCGAGUGGUCAAUUGCUUUGGCCAGUCUAUGCCUCAGGACAGAAUAUGGAGUGGGGAUGUCGUUGCACUUGUUGAUAGACUGAGGUCCCGUGAACCAUGACUCAAGCAACUCGCGGCUCACGCGAUUAUCCCCUCUCGCGAGAAUUUCGGCCUCAUUGAACUUGAAUGUUUGGCCGGGUCUCGUCGAAUGGGCCGCGACCUGAGAGUUGGCGUCAUUUCUCCGUACAGCUGCCACGUGUUCAGCGAUUCGCGUCCGGAGCAGUCUUCCAGUUUCUCCGACGUAGUUACUUUGUCCGCAACUGCACCAGAUCCGGUAAACGACUCCAGAUUUUUCUUGCCGUGGCAGUGGGUCUUUUGGUCUCAUUACUUGACGCGAGGCGUCCGGAUCUGGUGUAGUUGCGGACAAAGCAACUACGUCGGAGAAACUGGAAGACUGCUCCGGACGCGAAUCGCCGAACACGUGGCAGCUGUACGGAGAAAUGACGCCAACUCUCAGGUCGCGGCCCAUUCGACGAGACCCGGCCACACAUUCAAGUUCAAUGAGGCCGAAAUUCUCGCGAGAGGGGAUAAUCGCGUGAGCCGCGAGUUGCUUGAGUCAUGUUUCACGGGACCUCAGUCUAUCAACAAGUGCAACGACAUCCCCACUCAAUAUUCUGUCCUGAGGCAUAGACUGGCCAAAGCAAUUGACCACUCGAGGAGCGCGCAAACACGUGAGCCAGGUGGCCGAGCAAUCAUCACGCCAGCAUCCAACACGGGUGAUGAGAGGUCAGCAAUCAACAACUUGCAUGCCAGCCAUCAAGGAAUUAGUGCACCAGCGGGCAACAAUCCUUGAUGAAGGGAGCACGGUUAAUUGCUGUAGGUAUGCGGUAGCAUGGCGACCGCAUCCUAUAAAUACUGCGACUUCCUGUACACUAGCCACCCUUUUCUGCAACUGUCUCUGACGAUGGAUUCAAGAGAGAAUCCGAAACGUCGGGCGAAUAAAGCCAUUGUUCCAGCGAUCGCUUCUUCUUCUUCUGAUCGGACGAAAGAUAACCUGUUUCUCUAACCCUUACAUGUUUCACUUGAGCUCUGCUCCUUGAAAAAUGUACUGUCCCGAGGAUAGUUUAUCGAAAACACAUGGUAACCCCAAACAUUUGCAGCGAUUUUUAGCGUCAGAAAAUCAAUAUGGUUUACCGAUUUCUUAUUCAUUAAAACGUAAUUAUACGCAUCCUACAGUGUGUCAACAAAUCCCUGAAACAGUGGACUGAAAUUCCGAAAUACGACUUCGAUUAAAAGGGAUUGCUUAACCGUAGUGGAGCGCAUUAAUUAUGCACAGCAGUCAUCGUAAAUAUUCCAGCAGAUGAAAAUUUCACUGGAUAAAACCGUUUGCGCAUUUCAUGAUCUGAUUUAACUUGGAUGUGUAUAAAAUCUGUUUUUCAAAUUUUCCUGCUGUUGUUUAUCAGACUAAUCAUGACUGCACUCAGUUCUGAGACAAAGCAACUCUGACUGACGUGCACAUUGUAAAAAAACGCAGCUGCUGUCUAAACCUUGCGCAUAAGAUGCUUUCAGGCUUGUUUACUGCCACAUCAAUUGUGCACCUUAAUCGUAUUAGAUUGUGCAUCCGUCAUUUUCAGUCUCUCUUAUUUUGACGUGUACCUUGCCAAAUGAAUACAGCCCUCAAUUGAAAUUAUCUAACUUUCCUAUCAACCGCCGGCAAAAGAUGUACAAACAGUUAAAAGGCGAAAAAUUAGCGACUCCAGUGUGUUUACGCAGCAAUAUAUAUAUAUAUAUAGGCAGAAUAGUAUUACCGACAAAGACAAGGGAGACUGGAAUGGCCAUUUCUGGCUUAUUGGCCCUCGUCAGCCAGCAAUACCCAAGCCCAAGGUGUGGAACACCCGAGCCUCGAACUCGCGACCUGUUGGUUUAGAAGUCAACGCCUCUACCCACCGGGCCACGAGCCCGUUGCCCUGUCAGUUUUCAUGCGCCGCUAGGCGGCUGCUAGU